AUAUGUACAUUGCGACAUCACGUCCCGUUUUUUGGCAGAUUCGAAGUCCCUCUUCCAAAACAUGAACAUGAGUUUCUGACAUUGUGUGUGAAAAUAGGUUAUUAAUGUUAUGCUUAAAGACGUGAGGACUAAAAGGACAUUAUUAGGGGAACAAUGGCCAGCACCAUGGUGGCUGUGGGUCUCACCCUCGCUGCAGCAGGAUUUGCAGGUCGGUACGCCAUGCAGGCCGUGAAACAGAUGGAACCCCAGGUGAAGCAAGCUCUCCAGUCUUUUCCUAAAUCUACGUUUGGAAGCGGUUACUACAGAGGAGGAUUCGAACCCAAGAUGACAAAGAGAGAAGCAUCUCUCAUCCUAGGAGUCAGUCCCACCGCCAACAAAAAUAAGAUCAGAGAGACACACAGGAAGCUAAUGGUCUUAAAUCAUCCUGACCGAGGUGGAUCUCCAUACAUCGCAGCAAAAAUAAAUGAAGCGAAAGAUUUACUGGAUGGACAAGCCAAGAAAUAGUUUAAUACACACUCAGUCUCGUGGUGUUCUCUGCCUGCUGUGAGAUUCAGCACGUGAUAUGUAAUCAGCCACAGUGACUGCAAAGAAAAACAUCACAUUAAAACUCUAGUUUUGUUAGUGCUAUUUUAUGUAACUGUUUUAUUUUCCGGCAUGUUCCAUGCUGUAACAUACAGAGAAGAGAAGGUUUGGUAGUUAGGAAAACCCUGAUGUGCCAAAAAAUGAUACAUGCUGGACAAGGAAUUAGCAUUGCCUAGGAAUUAACAUGCCUAAUUAACAUUAGUACUGAAAAAUACAGAAAUACCACAGUGUUGAUGAUUUAAAGAUGUUGGUUAAUUUUCUAUAACACAUAAAAUUUUAUAAUCAUUGAUAUGAUUAAGAUUUCUGUAUGGAUAUACACCAAUCAGGCAUUACAUUAUGACCAUCUGCGUAAUAUUGUGUCGGUCCCUGUUUUUGCUGCCAAAACUGCUCAUGGACUCCACUAGAUCCCUGAAGGUGUGCUGUGGUAUCUGGCACCAAGAUGUUAGCAGCAGAUCCUUUAAGUCCUGAAAGUUCCGACUUACAGGACUUAAGGGAUACUUUUAAUAGAUUCUGACCACUGCAGACCAGGAACAUCCCAUAAGAGCUUAUGGAGACACUCUGAUCCUGUCGUCUAGCUAUAACAAUUUAGCCCUUGUCAAACUCUCUCAAAUCCUUACGCUUGCCCAUUUUUCCUGCUUCUAACACAUCAACUUUGAGGACAAAAUGUUCACUUGCUGCCUAAUAUAUCCCACCCACUAACAGGUGCCAUGAUGAGGAGAUAAUCACUGUUAUUCACUUCACCUCUCAGUGUUCAUAAUGUUAUGCCUGAUCGGUGUACUUGUUUAACAUUUAUGGAAGGAGUCUCCAGUGUCUGCUCUUGACAGAGAUAAAGCUGUAAAGUUUUCCGACAUCUUCUUUUGUUGCAACACGACAAGCUGCAUUUUAUAUUUUUUUCUUAUUAACUUCAGCAAGAAAACCAAAGAAAUGACAGGAACUGACUUGUUUUGUGGAUGCUCCACAGCAUUUAAAGUAACAAUACAUUUUUUUUUUAAAAAGUGUGAUGUUUUGUUCUUUAACAAAUACAAAUUGUAAUCAUUUGUAAAUUGCUGUUGUAUAAGAGGAAUAAAUGACACUUAUUAUUACUUAUUAGU